AUGGGCGGCCGCGCUGUAUCGCCCGGCGGGGCGCUGCUGCGAUCCUCGCGCAUGUUCUCCAUGCCCAAGCCCCUGCCCGAACCACACGCCGGCCUGCAGCACAUCGCCGACCGGAGCUCCAAGUCCAUGACCAAGGCGCGGCCGCAGAUGCAGUCGGUGACGGCGCCGCUGUCGUCGCGCCAAAACGGCGAUUGGGGCUUCAAGCGCCCCUUUCCGCUCAAGACGACGCUCAACACGUCAACGCCCCUCAUCCGUCUCAAGAACAUCGACGCCAUGGAGAACGUGACCGACUUUGCGUCGGCCGCCGACCACACGCUGUCGCUCGAAAAGUUUCAGGAGCUGCGCGUGCCCAUGGCGAUCCCGCGGAAGCGCGCCGAGGCCGGUAGCACCACGCUCCGCGAGACGCCGGGCCACAAGUCCGUUUUUGAGGAGCGCUUCGAUGCCACCGACGGUGACCGCGCCGGCCAUCUCCGCUGGAAGUACGAGGGCCCCUGGCUGGCCCGGAUGACAGAGGGUGAGUUUGGCCGCUACCUGGACAGGCAGGUCCGGCCGCAGCGCGCCCAGUUCCGCGCGCUGCUGCGCAAGGGCCUCGCCGAGGACAUCACCGCCCGCCAAAACAGCUACGCCAUGGAAAAGGGCAUCGACGUGCCCCCGCCCGUCACGGCCGCCGACAUUACGGAAGCACAGUUUACCGAGUAUCUGCGCGCCUUGCGCAACGACCGGGCCGUCUUGUACGCCAUCGUCUCCAAGUUCCUCGACCUGGCACCGCUUGGCCAGCCCGUCGGCAUGGUCCAGAGUCUCUUCCCGCCGCUGGCCGAGAGCCCCUGGGGCAAGGCCGGACCACCCACAACACAUCCAUCGGCCGGCAUCAGCUACCUGCGAACAGGCUCCGUCCUGGAGAACCACCCGGUGUAUGGCCCCCAGGCGCGCCGCACGCCCACGCUGGCCCGUCUUAUCAGCCCCCGGACCAUCAACACGCCGCCUCGCCUCGGUGUCGCUGGUUUCGUGGCAGACCCACCCUCCGGCGACAACGAGUUCAAUACCAGAAACCCCAAGGCCAAGGGUAGCGUGCGGCAACUGCCCAACGGCAUUGCCAACCUCGACACAACCACAUUUGGCGGCGCCAAGACCUACAUUGAGCCCGUAUCGGCCAGCGUGGACCCCAGCGGCCGCGUUAUCCUGGAGCUCAGGGAGGCGGGCGCGGAAGCCCAAGUCAUCGCCAAGGAGAGCACCGGCAAGAGUAAGGUGUACCAUGAUGGCCCCAUGAAGCGUGAGCUGCGCCCUCAAGAGACCGGCAUGGAUCGUGCUGCGCAUCGGCUAGACACCGUCACUGACGAGAUUAUGCAAAACAAGCGCUUUAGGUGA